GAGAGGGAAAUAGAAGUAAUAGACAUUUUAUAUAAGGGCGGGACAAGCCACAGGGAGUGGAUAUGGACUAUAUAAAUAUUCAGAUAGUUAUAUUAGUCUGACAGCUUUGCUUAGUCAACUUUUUGAGUGCGUGGGGAUGUUUAUUCUUUUUUUGUUGUUGGCUCUUCCCCCCCUCUCUGGGAAAUGGCGAUAAUGAGGGUCCAGGCGGGUGACGUUGGACAACAGAGAUGGCGGCGGGGAGCAGCAACUACUGGGAGGACUUGCGGAAGCAGGCCCGGCAACUGGAAAAUGAACUUGAUUUGAAAUUGGUAUCAUUCAGCAAGCUCUGCACAAGCUACAGUGGUGCCACUACAAGAGAUGGGCGUCGCGACAGGUAUAGCUCUGAUACGACGCCGCUUCUUAAUGGAUCGAGCCAAGAUAGAAUGUUUGAAACAAUGGCUGUGGAAAUUGAACAACUGUUAGCCAAGCUCACAGGAGUUAAUGACAAAAUGGCAGAAUACACUUCAACACCUGGCGUUACAUCAUUAAAUGCAGCACUCAUGCACACACUACAACGGCACAGAGAUAUUUUGCAGGACUAUACACAUGAAUUUAAUAAAACCAAAGCAAACUUUAUUGCAAUCAGAGAACGAGAGGACUUGUUGGGAUCAGUUCGGAAAGAUAUUGAAUCUUACAAAAGUGGAUCAGGAGUUAACAACAGAAGAACAGAACUGUUUCUGAAAGAACAUGAACAUCUUCGAAACUCAGAUCGGCUGAUAGAAGACACAAUAAGCAUCGCCAUGGCAACUAAAGAAAAUGUGACAUCACAACGAGGAAUGCUGAAGUCAAUACAAAGCAAAGUGAACUCCUUGGCCAAUCGAUUUCCUGCCAUUAACAGUUUGGUUCAAAGGAUAAAUUUGAGAAAACGUAGGGAUACAUUAAUUUUGGGAGGUGUUAUUGGCAUUUGCACUAUCUUAUUGCUACUGUAUGCUUUUCACUGAUGAAAUAUUGUAAUAAGAUGCUUCCACAGCUAAAAAGCACUGGGGCGGGAGUGGGAGCAUAUGGACCCAACCUGCAUUUAUUGAGUAGAUUGCUAGGUUGAAUGGAUCUUGGUUUUCAUGGAAUGUUUUAAAGCAACAUUCCCGUGGGCCACAGUUGUGUGAUUAGUUUCUGAUCAAAUGUAAAUCCUCUGAUUUUUGUUUAAGUAAUUAUGCUCUUGGAAAGUAUAAUUUUGAAUUACAGCACGUUGAUGUAUCCUUUUAAAGAAUGGUUGAAUGUGGUCUAUUUCUGCUACCUUUUUCUCCCCCAACUCUAUUGUGCAGGUAGUAAAUUACUGUUUCAUUUAUAAUUAUAGAGUCACAUAUUAAAAAUAAACUACUUUGAAUGUGUCUGUAUCCAAAUUAUGUAUUUUCAAGAGCGUGUAUAAUGUGUACUUAAAAAUGCUUCCAUGCAGAAUGGUGCUGCAACAAAUUGUGUACCUGUGUGACACAGUGACAAUGCAUGGGGUUGUUCUUUUGAUUUCCUCUUGCCUGCUUUCUACUCUUUUCUGGAAGAACUACAGAGAUUGCUGGUUCAAAAUCCAACUCCAAGUCAAUUUGAUUAGAAAGCAGCAUUGACCGAGACCUGGGACCAGAAGCUGACCAUUCCUCACGGAAAUGUGAAGAAAGUUCGGAGAAAAGCAAAAGGAAAUGGAUUUAUUUUCCAAAAAUAUAUAUUUUCAAAUGUAUCUUCUGAGUUUUGCAGCAUCUCUAAAAGCUUAUUAAUCAGAAAUUUCCAAAUAACUGUCAUCUUAACAAUGUGCACUGUUUGUGCAUAAGUGCAUAACCUUAUAUUUAAUGUUUCAGGAUAGUUUCCAAGACACAAUUUAUGCUAAUACAUUGGCAACUAUGGUAAUGUAUUGGAAUACACAGCUGAAGCCACCAACCAGAUAAACCUGGUGCUUUCAAUUCUUUCUUUGGACUUUCUUUGUUUAAAGAAAAAUCAAUUGCCAAAGCUUAAAUUUUAUAGAAGAGAGAAACCAAAACACCCUAGGUUAUCUUCACCAAGAAGUAACGUCAUGUUGAAUAGAUGUUAUCUGUUUAUUUUUCUUUUUUUUCCAAUAUUUUACCACAAAAUUGUGAUUUGUCCUCAAUGCCAUUUUAAAAAUCACGGUACAUUUAUUCACAAACCACUUAACUGUGGCCUCCUGAUUUGCAGAGGAUAUAACAAAUAGUUGUCUCCUGUUAAGAGAGAGAAUCUGUUUCUGUUCCUCAGAUUGAGGUAACCAAUUGAAAUGCAGUUUAGAUUUCAUGCAGGCACAAAACUCGAUGAUUGGGAAUAUGAAUCAUUCCAAUACUGUCCAGAAAGAAUUGAAAUUUUUUGUAGAUAACACUGUCUUUUGAAUAUAGGCUACUAUCUAUUUACCAUAGCAUCUUUUAUGAAUUAACUUGACACUACAGCUACCAGAUGUUCACUGACAAAUUGGCUUUGUUCAAAUUAAAGUUCUUCAAUUGUAUAGCUAGAUUUUUGUUUCCCGCUUUGUUGAGUUAAUCCAUAUAAAAGGUUCUGUUUUGCCCCACAGUGAAAUUAAUACAGCUACUAAGGGGUUUUUUGUUUACCUCUUCAAAGUUGGUGUCAAAAACAUAUUCUUUUCUAAGAUGCUUCCUUUUCCUCUUCUGUCUGAACCCUUAAUGCAUCGUUAAAUGCUUCUGGAAAUUUUGUUAAUGUAGAUUUUAAUGAUCUUGUAAAAUAAUUUUGUUCUCUGCUAAUGCAUUUUCUGCAUUGUACAGAGGAGCUUUGACUGUAUGUAAUUUGUUAAUAAAUUAGAAUUCUAAGUG